CGUGCUGCAAAGCAGAUUUGUGCAGAGAGGAGGACUUCACUGCCUAGCAGCGGAAUGGAUAACGUCCUCCCUGUGAACUCAGAUUUCGCCCCAAACAUCUCCACCAAUAUCUCAGAGCCCAAUCAGUUCGUGCAGCCGGCCUGGCAAAUUGUUCUCUGGGCAGCUGCCUAUACAAUCAUAGUGGUGACUUCCGUGGUGGGCAACGUGGUGGUGAUGUGGAUCAUCUUGGCCCACAAGAGGAUGAGGACAGUGACCAACUAUUUCCUGGUGAACCUGGCCUUUGCAGAGGCCUCCAUGGCAGCGUUUAAUACAGUGGUGAACUUCACCUACGCUGUCCACAACGAAUGGUAUUACGGCCUGUUCUACUGCAAGUUUCACAACUUUUUUCCCAUCGCUGCUGUCUUUGCCAGCAUCUACUCCAUGACAGCUGUGGCCUUCGACAGGUACAUGGCGAUCAUUCAUCCCCUCCAGCCUCGACUGUCAGCCACAGCCACCAAGGUGGUCAUCUGCGUCAUCUGGGUGCUGGCUCUCCUGCUGGCAUUCCCCCAGGGUUACUACUCAACCACAGAGACCAUGCCCAACAGGGUUGUGUGCAUGAUUGAAUGGCCGGAGCAUCCCCACAAGAUUUACGAGAAAGUGUACCACAUCUGUGUGACUGUGUUGAUCUAUUUCCUCCCCCUCUUGGUGAUCGGCUAUGCGUACACCGUAGUGGGAAUCACCUUAUGGGCCAGUGAGAUCCCAGGGGACUCCUCUGACCGGUACCACGAGCAAGUCUCUGCUAAACGCAAGGUGGUCAAGAUGAUGAUAGUAGUGGUAUGUACCUUUGCCAUCUGCUGGCUGCCCUUCCACAUCUUCUUUCUCCUGCCCUACAUCAAUCCUGAUCUCUACCUGGAGAAAUUUAUCCAGCAGGUCUACUUGGCCAUCAUGUGGCUGGCCAUGAGCUCCACCAUGUACAAUCCCAUCAUCUACUGCUGCCUCAAUGACAGGUUCCGUCUGGGAUUCAAGCAUGCCUUUAGGUGCUGCCCCUUCAUCAGUGCAGGGGACUACGAGGGUCUCGAAAUGAAAUCCACCCGAUACCUUCAGACACAGGGCAGUGUGUACAAAGUCAGCCGCCUAGAGACUACUGUCUCCACAGUAGUUGGUACCCAUGAGGAAGAGCUGGAGGAUGGCCCCAAGACCACGCCUUCAUCUCUAGACCUGACUUCCAAUGGUUCCUCCCGCAGCGACUCUAAGACCAUGACAGAGAGCUUCAGCUUCUACUCCAGCAUGCUCUCCUAAACACAAGGCCUUCCACCGGUGCCACACACCAUUGUAUCUUGCUUCAUUUCAUGCAUGGGUAUUUUCUUGAUCUGUAGGCCAUCAGAAAUAUCCUAACUCUGGGGCAUUUGGAAAGGGUCAGAAUUAUUUAGGUGAAAACCUUCUAUCCUGGAGUCCAAAAAACCAAGAUCCUCCCCUGGCUUUGCCACUCUGACGCUG